CAUCCAUUGUUUUUAUUUCUAUUUCUCGUUAUUUGCUCCAAUUUUCUUUCUUUUUUUUCUUUUCUUUUUUUCUCACUUUUCCCGGUUGUAAUCACAUGAUUUUAUUCAAAAUGCUUUGAUUACAAAGAACAUCAAAUCCGAAAGGAUCCCAAGGAUGGUGAUGGAACAGGACGGAUAUUACUAAAUCCAUCAUCCGCCUCGUCUCAUCCUUUGGGCCUGCUGUAACUUCAUAAAUAAGGUUCAGUUGGGCAAAUGGGACAUUGUUGGAGCAAGUUCUUGCGGAUCUUCAAGUGUCUGUACGGAGACUCGAAGGACGAAGAGGAAUUGUAUUCGGAGCUUACCAGCAAAAACGUUCACAUUAUAACUACCAUACAGAGCUGGGAGGAAAAACUAACAGAGGCAACCAGAGAUGGAAAGAUACUAGUUGCAAAUUUCAGUACACCAUGGUCAGGUCCUUGUAGAUCGAUAGCACCAACCUACGGUGAACUUGCAGAUAAAUAUCCUUCUCUCAUGUUCCUUACUGUGGAUGUCGAUACACUUGCAGAGUUCAGUACAUCAUGGGAGAUAAGUGCUACACCAACAUUCUUUUUCAUAAAAGAGGGAAGGCAAGUGGACAAAUUUGUGGGUGCUGACAAGGUACAACUCCCAAAGAAGAUAGCAGCAGUGGUUAAUGCCACCAGGGUUUGACUGUUGGCAUCAUUUUCCCGUAAACCACAAUCAUGGAGUUCUUUUUAUUUUAUUCUAUUUUUUAUUUUUUAAUUUUUUGACCAGCUCUCAGCCUAAUCCUUUCUUCCCUAGUUCUUAACCCUUUGGAUAGCUCUGUUAGUAGAAAAGAAAAGGAAAAAGGAAAAAGGAAAUGAAACGAAACUAUAUCUCUUGAAUAUUUAUAUUACUUCUUUGUUCUUUUAUAUAUGUGUGUUCAAGAGUAGUAAGAACUUUCAUAUUAUAAAUUUUGUUUGAAUUUUUAGAUAA